CGGAUAAAUUAUGGCUGUAUUAGAUUUCUUCAACAGUCUAAAUUUUCUGUCCGUAAAUAUUUGAAGAAACCUGAUUGUGUGCAGAACAUUAAUGACAGCGAAGCAACGCAGGAGGUUUAACGAGGAUCGGUGAGUGUGGCCGCUUGCCAGACUGCAUGGCUGGUUGAAGGAGCUCCUCCCACCUUCUUCUGCUCUCCCCCUGACGCUGCAGCAGAGGACUUCAGCUGUUCUCCAGCAGCAUUUCACCUCUGCACAGAUUAGCGGCGGCAGCAGCAGCAGCAGCAGCACCAGAGGCAUGCAGGGCAGGAGAGCAAGCCAGCCCGUAGCAACGCACUCUACCCCGGCUCUGUAGCCGGAGGGAAACCCGUAAGGACAGUGGAAAAAUCAAAGGACCAUUUAUCAUUGGGCACGUUUUCUCUCUUUUUUAUUUUUUUUUCUCACGGAAAAGCUUUUUGUGUUGCCAGGGAGGAGAAAGUCCGAGCAGCCAGCCAUGAGAGCUGAUCCUCUGUCUGGAAGAUUCCUUCGCCACCUCCUCUGACCAAAUCCGACUCUCAGCAAACCGAAGAUGUCAGCCUGUGGCGACUUUGCAGAACACGUGUGGAAACCCGGCUCUUGCAAGAACUGCUUCCACCCGCUCAGUGCACACAAGACUGGCCGUGUCUCCGAUGACAACGUCCCGCCAGCUUGUUUGAAGAGCAGCUUGGGAGGUGAUGAGGAGGGUGCAGUGACUGCACCUUCGCCCUAUAGCAAGCCGACCAUUGCUGUCAAACCCACCAUGAUGAGCUUUGACACAAGUGAGACGAAAGAUGUGAACAUGAACAUAGAACAGCAGGACAACCCAAAGAGUCCAAGUGAGCGAAUGGGUCUGAAGAAGCUCCAAAACAUGUCACCACUCUACAUUGAUGAUAAUAAUGGUUGCAACAAGGCCCAUAAAGAGGCGGGUCUUCAAAGCCCUAAUGCCAAGAUUGACUACAACAGCUGCCUCUCCUUGUCCCCCAGUAUCCUGCCCAAAGACUCUCUCUUCAUUAGUAAUGUUUAUGUCAGCCAGGAGGAAGGAAGAGGUUCGAAGAGUUUCAAGAAAAAUGCCAAUGGAGAAUCAUGCUGGCAGCAGAAUAAUGCGCCAGCAAUUGGGCCAAAGAGCACUUAUAAUGAAAGAAGUAAUUUUAGGGAGUCAAAUGAAUCAACAGUGGAGGUCCCUUUGUCAGUGGAUGGUGUUCCUUCUGAACACACCACAGUUCAUCGCAACCCUUUUUCCAGUAGUGACAUCAGCACAAAAAUACCCAGCACUUCCACUGCCUACACCACAGUUUCAAGCGUGGAGUCUACAAAUCACAUUAGUCCAACAUCCCUCAGUCCUAUUCCUGCUCUGUCUAAACAGAACAGCUUCUCAGACUCUCCUUCUUCCUAUCACAGCAGUACUGAUUCCCUUCCUGGGCCUGAUGGAUCAAUAGAACAACAGAACGGGCUAGGGAUACACCAAAGUCCAUCAGCCACAGGUAGUCCAGAGUCAACUCCAAGCUCUCCGAGUGUUCAGGAAGACUCUGAACCAAUAUACGCUGAAAGCACCAAGAGGAAGCCUAAGCCACUAGGAAAUGGACUGCUUUCCUCUCCCGAGUCCCAAAACCAGGUUAAGCAAUCCAAGUUCUCGGAGUCUGAACGUUCUGGAGAAAGUCAGCGCGCCACCAUCACCGUAAUGGCUGCUCACACAGAGGAAAACAACAGAACUUUUUUCCUAAGCAGCCCAGAUUCGGGUGUCGGCACCCAGUGCCACUUUAGCCCUACAGCAUGCAAAGACCCCAGUAGCCCAGCCUUCCGUUGGCCCAGUCCCAGCUACAGUGUACCUUCUCUUGGCAGAGAACCCUCUUUGUCCCCCAACCUGCACCCAAAGCCCCAGUCUAGCCCACCCAUUCCUCCCAAGAGAAGCUCUCGCUCCCCAAAACUAGGUACCUCUAGCCUCUCACCAUCCAUGUCUUCUCCAAUCCUCCUUCCUGAAUUCCCUAAACUCGGCACAUCUAGCCUCUCGGCAUCCUUGUCCUCCCCUAUCCCGCUCCCAGAACUCCCCAUGCUCUUCCUCGUCUCUGCGAGAGAAGGACACUUCAAGGGCCCCGCAGACAACCAGUGCGCAACAUCCGAACGCUUACACAAGUUCAGCCACCACAGCCCUGGCUGGAACUGCCGCAUUGAGGAAGAAGAGGAGGAAGACCGGAAAGGGAUGGAGAAGAAGAAGAAGCAAGUUGCCACUAGUUUGGGAACAACGUCCCAGGGGACGGGACUCGUCAAUGGUGCUGCUGUCUGGAAGGAGGCCAAUGACUGUAAGACCCACAGCAGUCCCCCUCCGACGACAGAGCCAGGCACGGCCCCCCCGGCUGCCUCCAACAAUGAUGCCUGUCAGCGGGAAACCGAGGGCACCAGCACAGAGGAGGAGGGCAAGCAUAGCGAGAGCAUGCCGGCCAGGCAACCGUUGCAUGGAGGCUCGACAGAGCUGCUGGCUGGGGGCAAAGGAGUUUCCAACCUUGACCUCAACCCACCACCUCCCCCACCUAAAAAGCUGCACAGGGUGAGUGGUAAGAUGAGCGGCAGCACCGUGGAGUUGAACUGCAACAGCCAGCGAGGGUCAGCAGAGAGCCCCGAGUCGUCUGUACGGAGCCUGGGCAGCAUUAGCCUAACAGCUGCGUCCACUGACAACCUGACAGCUGACACCGGGUCUCGAGAUGCUACGCGGAUGUCUUGUUCUUCGCCGUUUCCCAGAACUCCUGUGGCAUCAGCUCCUGGUUCUCCUCACUUGUCCUCCUUCAGCAGCUUAAGCACCCAACCGCCUCCUCUGCCAGAGAAGAAAAUGGUCAACCGCACCGUGUCGGCUCCAGACACAACCAAUGGGAAAUCCUUCAUCCGAGCCUACCCGCGACUUCCGUUUGCCGGCUCGGAGAGCAACAUGUGUCGCUCCGCUGAUGCCGGUUCCCGCACCAGCCUGCUGUCGAGCCCCGUUGACCCCCGGCCUGUUUUCUCCUCCAACGAGUCCCUGGAGCGCUGCCACCUCCCUCUGGCUAGGCCCUCGAGGUCCCGGACUCUGGAUGAGCAGCAAAAGACCCAGGGGCGGUUAGGCGUGCACUGCCGAACCAGCAUCACCUGCUUGUCCUCGCCGCAGCUUAGCGCGCCCUUUUCGGCCUCGGAAGCCGGCUCAGCGCCAAACCUCGGCUCGAGCAUGCAGCUCCAGACUCUUCUGAGCAACAUCGACAGCAGGGAAGGGGUGUACUCCAAACUGGGUGGCCUAUAUGCGGAGUCCCUACGACGCUUGGCCCUGAAAUGUGAAGAUCACUUUACUCGCUCCCAGAAGAAUCCGCUUAGGUUUGACGAGAGCAACUGGUCGCUAUUCAGGCUUACUUCCAACAAGCCGAGCUGCAACGCAGGAGAUGCUGUGUACUACUCUGCUGCCUGCGCCUCGGACCCCAGGAACUCCUAUGCUGUGAAGAUCUGUAAGAGUUCAUCCAAUGAUGCCAAACAGGGUCAUCUCUAUGGCCUGACGGUGCAACAGAGCAUCCCUCCUCACUUUAACAUCCAGCAGGAUUGUGGUCACUUCCUCGCCUGUGUUCCUCAGAGCAUGCUGCCCUCAAAUGAAGUCUCUCUGCCUGCCGCGCCGGCUCCUCCAUCGCCCCAGUGCGCAGCGUCUGCUCAGGGUCAGCAGGCGGAGCAAGAGAGAGUGGUGGUCAUCACGCCUGAGAUUCCCCAUCAGACCACGGCUGACUUCGUUCGGGAGUGGGAGGCGUUCCAUAAGACUCAGCCCGAGGUCUACGAGCGCCGCGUUUGCUUCCUGCUUCUGCAACUCUGCAAUGGCCUCGAGCACCUGAAGGAGCAUGGGGUCACACACCGUGACCUGUGUUUAGAAAACCUGCUGUUGAUCCCUCACCAGCAAAGGCCCGCCCACCUAACUCAGCAGAGCGCCGCCGACGGCAGCGCCUGCAACGGUGCAGCUGCUGGAGAUGUUCAGCGCCACCUCCCCCGUCUCCUCAUCAGCAACUUCGCCAAGGCCAAGCGGCGCUCCUCAGAGGACGCCGCUUCGACGAACGGGGACCCUCGCGUCAAGCGCGACCACGCCAGACUGGCGCCCGAGAUCGUCUCUGCUGCUCAGUAUCGUAAAUUCGACGAGUUCCAGGCCGGCAUCUUGAUCUACGAGCUUCUCCACCUGCCCAACCCGUUUGAGGUGAGUCCAGCGCUGAGGGAACAGGACUACCGCUGCGAGGACUUGCCUCCUGUGCCCCCUAUAUCCAUCUACUCCUCGGGCCUCCAGAGGCUCGCACAGCUCCUCCUGCAACCCGACCCCAUCAAGCGCAUCCACAUCCAGGAGGCCAAGCGGAUACUACAGAGCCUUCUCUGGGGCCCCCGGAAAGACCUGAUGGAGCAGCAGUGGGAGCGGCACAGGCGAGGCGGGGGCUUUGUUGACGGGUCCCGAAACGAAGGCCUGCUCAACUGGCUGGACGUGAAACGGGCCCUGCUGAUGAUGAAGUUCGCCGAGCGCUCGCUGGAGCCAGAGAGGAACGCAGAGCUGGAGGACUGGCUGUGCUGUCAGUACUUUUCCACGGCUCACCCGCUGUCUCUCUGCCACACGGCCGAACUGCUCUACUCCCUAAAGUGAUGGCUCGCGCGUGCAAGCCGCUGCGUCAAAAUCACGUGUUAACUUGUGAACGUGCGAAUGAGAGUCAAAGAUAAUGUCCAGACACUACGCACUGAGCUAUGAACCUGAUAAUGUUACUUCUGAACGCAUGAGAGCCAGAAAUCAAACCAUCUACACACUCUGUGCUGGAGUUUCUUCACCAAUGGCAGCCCCCAUGAAGACAGGAUCAGAGGACCCUGAAGAAGUAGAGAUGCACCAAUCAAAAUUUGGGGGCUAAUUUACAAAAUCUGUUUUGUUUUUUGUUUUUUAAAAAAGGCUUGGACCUGUUGAUAGGGAUUUCUCUAAAGACCAGAAAAUAGGAGUUCAGUAUUCUGCCAUGAGUGUUUGUUUAAUCCUUUAUAUUAGGAGUAAAGACUUCAUCUGUGUGUGUGUGUGUGUGUGUGUGUGUGUGUGUGUGUGUGUGUGUGUGUGUGUGUGUGUGUGUGUGUG